AAGAUACUCUUACCUACUAUUAGUAUUGCUUGGUCCUGGUCGCGAUUAGGAUCCCGGGAAGUACCAAGAACUACUAGGUACGUUCUAACUUCUCCAUAGUCGAAGGACCGGAAUCGUGGUGGGCCACUCACCAGUCCCAGUCACAAGCAUGGUUCAUGGCUGCUACUUAGCCUUCCGAAUUCCUAUCCAUGUCGGUCGAUGGAUGGAGUCUGGUGGAGCUGACGGAGCCCUGCUCCGUACAUGGAUAGGAGAUCGGGAGGGGAGGUUAGAGGUUAUACUGACUGCACUCACUAAGGUGGCAUUCAUUAUUGCCAUACGGAGUACCAUACGGAGUAAAUAUUGACAAGCCGGUUAACUAACUAUGUGUUACUCCGUAGUGAUUUGACUACUCAUUGAAGGGGGAAAAAAAG